CUGAAGGAAACAAAAAAUAAGUAGUUUGUGAGAAAUGCAGCAACACCCGUUCAAAAUUUUAAUAAAUUAAUCAAUUUCUGAGAAAAUAUAAACAAAAACUUUAUAAUUAAACACAAAAACAACAAAUAAAUUUAAUACAGCAAGGGGUGAAAAUAAAAUUACAACACUAAUGUCAAUAACCUUAUUGAGAGGUGGCAAGCAAAAGACAAAAUCUUGUGUAGGAAUGACCGUGAUGUCCAAGACUUCAAUAGCGGAAAUAUGUGAGAAUGCCAAGUUGGCCAGAGAUAUGGCUUUGACCGGUAAUUAUGAUUCGGCCUCCAUAUACUAUGAAGGUUUGCAGGGUCUCUUGGCUCGCAUGAUUUCCUCCACUAAUGAUCCCCUUAGGAAAGGAAAAUGGACUAUGGUUAAACAACAAAUCACCAAGGAAUAUUCUCAAAUUAAGGAAAUUCAACGCACUUUGUCAGAGAUGACUUUGGAUUUACAGAGUUCACAUUUUGCUUCGAAAUUAAGAACACAGACCAGUGAGACUGAAACUAAAGAUCCAUCUUCGUGGUUUCGUCCCGAUCCCGAUAUUUGGACACCACCGCCAAAGGAUCCUGAUGUUUGGGGACCACCAAAACCAGAAAAACCCGCUGUUCCAAAUCGUAAUCGCAAUGUGACUGGUAAAAAAUCCAUACCCACAAAAAGCACAAUUCCUACACGCAAUAGUGCCUCUAGCAAUGGUUUUAAUAAAAAAUCCAAUACAGCAUCAUCAUCCUCGGCACGAUCAACAAAUUCGCGUACAUCGACUUCAAAUCGCAAAUCAGCAGUAACAGGUAACAGUAAUGCUUCCAACAAUAAAGAUGAUAACAACUCAAAUAAAGAUAAUGAUGAAGCCAGAGAUGAAGAAUCACCCGAUCAGGAAGAUAAAGAGGAAAAGAAAUUUCAACCCAAUAAUCAUAUUGAAGCAGAAUUGGUGGAUAUUUUAGAACGCGACAUUUUACAGCGUAAUCCUAAAAUACGUUGGAAUGAUAUUGCUGAUUUACAUGAUGCUAAACGUUUGCUAGAAGAAGCUGUUGUAUUGCCUAUGUUAAUGCCAGAUUAUUUUAAGGGCAUACGUCGGCCAUGGAAAGGAGUUCUUAUGGUCGGUCCACCAGGAACUGGUAAAACAAUGUUAGCCAAAGCUGUGGCUACUGAAUGUUGCACCACCUUCUUUAAUGUGUCCUCGUCCACACUCACCUCCAAAUAUCGUGGUGAAUCGGAGAAAAUGGUGCGUUUACUCUUUGAAAUGGCGCGAUUCUAUGCGCCCAGUACCAUAUUUAUCGAUGAAAUUGAUUCUCUAUGUUCACGACGUGGUUCUGAAUCUGAACAUGAAGCUUCAAGACGUGUCAAAUCGGAACUGCUGGUACAAAUGGACGGUGUGGGAAGCGAGGAAGCUAAUAAAGUGGUAAUGGUAUUAGCGGCCACAAAUUUCCCCUGGGAUAUCGAUGAGGCCCUAAGGCGUCGUUUAGAGAAACGUAUCUAUAUACCGCUGCCGUCGGGUGAGGGAAGAGAGGCACUGCUGAAAAUUAACUUAAGGGAGGUGAAAGUGGAUGAUAGUGUAGUUUUAGGAGAUAUUGCUAAAAAGUUGGAGGGUUAUUCGGGUGCAGAUAUAACAAAUGUGUGCAGAGAUGCCAGUAUGAUGUCUAUGCGUCGCAGAAUCGCUGGCCUAACACCCGAAGAGAUACGUCAGCUGGCUAAGGAAGAAGUUGAUUUGCCAGUCUCAAAUCAAGAUUUUACCGAGGCCAUAAAUCGUUGCAAUAAGAGUGUUUCGCAAGCUGAUUUAGAUAAAUAUGAAAAAUGGAUGGCUGAAUUUGGUUCAUCAUGAUGGCCUCAUCUUAAUAACAUAAAUAAUAACAAUAACAACAACAAUAACAAUAACAGCAGCAUCGUCCUCAGCAGUUGUGUUAACAACAAUAAACGUCGCAUGCUGUUGUAAUAUAUUAACAAUUGAAAGUUUAAGGAAAGAAAAACAAGCAGCGAAAUAUUUGCAUAAAUUUUAAAAUUAUUUUGUGAAAAUCUUAGCCAAGCUAAUACACACACUUACUAUUAUAACUCCAGCAGAGAUUGGGAAACAAAUAUGUACACAUAAAUUAUUAACAUCAACAACAACGCAUUUUCACAAAGUGAUUAUUUAAUUUUAAACAACUACAAACAGCUACAACUCCUAUUCCUGCCCAGACAGACACUCACUCAGACACACUCAUAAACAUUAAAAGGCAAUAGAAAAGCAUGCAAAUUAAAUAGAAAUAUAUGCACUCACAGAUGCAGUUGCAACUAAUGCAAUUUAAUAAAGAUAAACAAACAAAAAAGACUAACAUAUUCUUAAUUCUAAGAGUUAAUAAAAAUGUAAAACCUUCAUUAAGUAAAUUAAAUACUUUUCCAUUACUACAAUUUACAACAAUAACUACUACAUGGUAAACUUUUUUACGUAUUUAUCAUAUUCAUACACUCCCUCACAUUAAUUAAUUAAUCAAUUCAUUAUAAUUAAUUACUCAUCAUCAUUAACUACAUAUAACACCAGCCACUAAACUUCUACUAUCUACCGCAACAAAAAUUGUUCGAAUUCUAUUUACUCGUUACUUUUUUUUUAAUUCUCUUUUAUUAUUAUACAUUGUAUUUGUUAAUUAUAACACAUAUUUUCAUAUUCGUUUCUACUUUAAUUUUUUUGCUCUUUCACUCAAUAAUAAAGUAUUUUUUAUUUUGCUUUUAUUUAAUACGUUUUUCUUUCUCAUUUAUUUUCUUUAUUAGUUUUUAUUUAAGUUUAUGGUAAACAUACUUACUUAUACAAUACAAAAAUAUAUUUAAUAACAAAAAAAAAAAUAAAAAAUUAAAUAAAAAUAUUAAAAAAAAACUAAAUACUAAAA